AUGUCCAGAAGCAUCAGAUUUGGGGAAGCGGCAACAAAAGUUGCGUCACUUUCUCCAUUCCAGUCGCAUGCGUCAUCUCUACUAAAUGAGCAGCAUUUUUAUCAAAACUCUAUACUUCUUGGCUGGUCUGAAAGAGAUGCCCAUCCUGUAACUUUGAGACAUCUGGCAAAUUUCGGCAAAAAGCUUACGAAAGAAAAGCUGAUAAGCAGUGCAAAUUUUGUUCGAACGGAGCUGCCUGUUAGGUUGAGCCUGAAGAUUCGAGAGCUGCAAAGUCUAGAUUAUAGUGUGAUCAACAAUCACCAUAUAAACCAAGUCUAUCAAAGCUAUUAUCAUUGCUUUAAUGCUUUUAGGAAGAUGGGAAGGAUUGAAACGCUUGAUGAGAACGACAAAUUUUGUGAUUUCCUGAGGAAAGUUUUGGAUGAUCAUCUGCUCGUGCUACCACAUCUCAUGAUGGGAGCCCUAGAGGUGUCCAUUUUGGAGAAAAUGCGACAAGAAGAACUAGAUGAUUUUAUGUCUUCGAUGCUUAGAUCUAGAAUAAGCAGAAGAGUCAUUAUCGAGCAACACACAACCUUAUCUGAAUCUUUCAAGAAUCAAGAUGAUGAUACUCUGCAGAGACCCCCUAAUUACAUAGGUGCUGCAUUUCAAUAUCUUUCUGCACAUGAACAACUCAGGACCUGCAAGGACAUUGUAUCGAGUUUUCUGCAAAGUAUUUAUCCUGAACUUCAAAUGCCAGAACUAAUAAUAAUUGGCGAAGAUGUCAAGUUCCAAUUCUUGACAAAUCACUUGAACUACAUCUAUGCAGAGAUUCUCCGGAACUCAUUGAAAUCAACGAUUCAAAACUUUAUACAUCGCCACGAGAAACUCAGGCAAAAUGAGGUAAGAAAAUUGAAGCCACCACCUAUCAUUGUGGAGAUAACCCAGACAAAGAAGAACAUGACGUUCAAGUUUUCGGAUCAAGGGGGCGGUAUGUCUUCAAAUAAGCUGAAGAAAGUAUGGUCUUUUGGAAAGUCUCCUAUACUAGCAGAAGAAUACCUCUCAAAUUUUCACAAAAUGCCUGGUCUCAAUUUUGACUUCUCUUCGCCUGUCGUGUCUGAGAGUGCUACUGACUAUGGGAAUUUAAGUGAUAUGAUUCACAAUAUUGGAAAAAUGGAAUCCAGUGGUGAUCAUAAACACAAGUCUGUGCUCAUAUCCUUAGUCAGACGGCCACUAAAAUUUACGCUAGGAAUUUCUAUGCCUAUGUGCAAGGUCUAUACCGACUACUGGAAUGGGGAACUUGACAUGCGUUCUGUCGAAGGUUACGGGACUGAUGUUUUCUUGACGUUGAAAAGACUGGGGAACGUUGAGCGGCCUCAGCUCGAUAAAGCAUAG